AUGGAUGUCUUCAAAGGUAUGGUUACUCCUGACAAGCUUAUGUUGGGCACAGAGGCGGAUCUUGUUCUGGGAGACGUAGGAUUAACGUACGAAAGAUCGAACUUCGUCGAAUUUUCUUUUAUAACGUUAGCAGACAGCGGUGCCUUUGUCACGCAUGCGCCUAGCGGACUGAACGAAGCUUUGGCUUUAUUGCGACCAUUCCAGUGGCAGGCAAUAGAAAGCCAGGAAGUGACAUCUCGACUGGAAGAUUGCAAGAGGAAACUGAGAACUUUGGCAGACCAGGACUGCGUCAAGCUAAUCUGGGUGCCAGGACAUCAGGGGAUCGCUGGCAAUGAGAAGGCUGAUGAACUUUCAAGAAGAGGGUCGGACAACGAGCCAGAUACAGACAGUGAAACGUACAGCACGAGAGGUACUCCCACACUAUCAUAUGGGGGAUUAGACCCAUAUAAUCAUGUCAGAUCCAUCGCAAAAGCUGCUUUACAAAAACUCGGAUUCUUGCUCCGUGCGAAAAGCUACUUUACACCUCAACAGCUUCUCAUGAUCUACAAAGCGCAGAUACGGCCUGUUCUAGAAUACUGUUCCCACAUAUGGGGUUCAGCACCAAAACAUACGCUGAUGCUCUUAGAUUCUAUCCAGAGAAGAGCUAUUCGCCUGGUGGGUGACGCCACACUCACUCACUCUUUGACAUCAUUAGAACACCGUAGAAAGGUCGGCGACCUUUCACUUUUCUAUCGAUACUUCCACGGAAAAUGUUCUUCGGAAAUCUCUGCUAUCAUCCCUUCACUAGCAAUACCAAUCAGACGAACUAGACAAGCCCAGUCAGCACAUCCUUUCGUUGUCUACCUCGAAAGAUGUCGAACAGCACUUUAUCAAGACUCCUUCACCCAUAGAACGGCUAGGCUCUGGAAUUCAUUGCCUGUGGAACAAAUAGACUCACUUGUAAAUUUUCCAUUCAAAGUUGACACUUCUCAAGAAAAAUUACAAAUUUGGCAACUAACAACAAUAAACAAUGAAAAAGCCAUACAUAACCUCUACCAUUUAGAAGAUGCCAUGAAAACGAGGGAUGUUAAACUCUUCGUAGAACAACACAGUUCAUCUUACGGUCUUCUAGAAAAUGGGACCGGAAUUUAUGCAAGACUAUGGGACCUCAUGGAAAACAGACAAAAUGGGAAUUUCCUGGUCAAAUCAGUCGAAGAAGGAGUGAAAUUAGUAAGAGAUGCCAGGAAUAUCGCUGUUAUGGCAGGAAGAGAAACUCUGUUCUUCGAUAUACAAAGAUUUGGUGUUAGCAACUUUCAUCUCAGCGAAAAGUUGAAUACAGCCUAUUCAGCAAUUGCUCUUCAACUGGGAUGUCCUUAUACCGAGGAAAUAAAUAAAAUAUUGAUGUCGAUAUUUGAAGCUGGCAUCAUUACAAAAAUGACGGAGAAUGAAUAUGAGAAACUGGGAAAGCAGAAAGAACUGACAUCUGAUAUAGCGGAAAAUAUAGAGAAAGAAACUAGUAAAGAAACUAGGAGGCCAUUGGCGGGCAAUGAGGAAAAUGAAAAAUCAAAACCGAUCAAUUUGAAAAUGCUGCAAGGAUCGUUUUACCUGCUUUGCUUUGGAAAUGCCUUCUCAGGUUUGAUUUUGUUUGGUGAAAUAAUGAUUCACAAGCAUCAUAUUCAGUACAAUUCGAAGAAAAAGAGAUUUAAAACGAUCAGGAGACUUCUGAAGCAGAUCAGGGUCAAAUGUAAUCGGAUGCGAUCGGCCGCCAGAAGAUUCCACAGGAAUUUAAUGCAUGAUGCUUUUGUAUCUACUUUAGAAUACAUAGAAUAA